AUGGCCGCGCGAGUGCUACAGGUGCUGGACCACGCAGCAAUUUAUUUUCUCAUCGCUGGAACCUACACGCCUUUCCUUCUCUUCUACUCGGACACCCCGAUGCAUGCAGACCUGCUGAAGGCAGAAUGGAUCCUUUGCUGGUUGGGCAUUGUCACACACAUCUGCUCCCAGUACUUCGAGUGGGGUAAAUCUGUGCCUUACCUCACUGGCGAGCUGCUGCUUUACUUGGCUAUGGGCUGGGCAGCAGUUCUAGCAUGGGAUACCUUCAUCAAUCAGCUUCCUGGUGCCUGCUGGUCCUGGCUCAUGGCCGGGGGGCUGCUUUACACAGCCGGUGUGCCCUUCUUCGUGCUUGCAGACUACCGGCCAAUCUACCACGUGAUUUGGCAUCUCUUUGUUGCUUUCGCCGCCAUCUGCCACUGGUUUGCGGUCAAGGAAGCAGCGCUGGAUGCUCGGCUACACCACGCAGUAGGGCCCUUCGGGCCUUUCGAAUGGUGGAUCGAACGCUUUCACGAGCUGGUCAACGAGACGCAAGAUCAUGGACUCUACAGGACGCUUGUGGACCACAUGAGCUUGCUUCCCAACUUCACGGCGGAAGUCAACAGGACAAUUUGCACUGGACGUGCGGGCCAAUGCAUACCAGCUUGA